CGGAGGGGGGCGUGACGUCGGCUUCACUCUCGUCGGUGUGUUGAACCUUGAGCCACAACAAACAGCGACGAUACGACGAAUGAUAAACAAGUAAACACAGAAACAGACAACUGCAGCCAUGGGCAAGUUACAUUCUCACUUGGCCAACCCCAAAGACGAGAGUCAGGAUGCGCUGACGGCCUCUGGAGAGUACAGAGACGGCGAGGAGGAUGGAAAGAACGGAGAUGUUUCACAGUUCCCCUACGUGGAGUUCACUGGACGGGACAGCGUCACAUGCCCGACAUGUCAGGGCACCGGCAGAAUACCACGCGGUCAAGAGAAUCAGCUCGUGGCUCUGAUUCCAUACAGCGACCAAAGGCUGAGGCCGAGCAGGACAAAGCUGUAUGUCACGAUAUCAGUUGCACUUUGCCUGCUGCUGUCCGGCCUGGCUGUUUUCUUCCUAUUCCCUCGCUCUAUUGAUGUCUCCUAUGUGGGAGUGAAGUCCGCCUACGUCUCCUACGACCUGGACAAGAGAAUCGUCUAUCUCAACAUUACAAGCACUCUGAACAUCACCAAUAACAACUACUACACUGUAUCUGUGACCAACAUCACAGCACAAGUGCAGUUCUCCAAGACGGUGAUCGGCAAGGCCAAGUUCAACAACAGCUCAGUGAUCAUACCUCUGGAUGAACGGCAGAUUGACUACACAGUUCCCACUACCAUUGCUGAUGAGAUGAGUUACAUGUUUGACUACUGCACCUUGCCGACCAUUAAAGUUCACAACAUAGUGGUCAUGAUGCAGGUGACGGUUACCACGUCGUACUUCGGACACGCGGAGCAGGUCUCCCAGGAGAUGUACCAGUAUGUGGACUGUGGGGGGAACACCACCUCCUUGCAUGGGCAUGUGCAGGUCUACCAGUAAAUGAAGCAAAAGAAGCCCAGGUGUCAAAUACUGCUGUGACUGAGGGUCUCACAGAGAAAAUUGGGCUGGGAAAUCUUGGUGACAACUUAAUGGACAGGGAGAUCAUUUUUCCUUACUAGUCAGUGGCUCAUCCAUUCUUAAAUUCCCAACCACUUUCUUCCUUUUAACAUCAGCGUUCGUGAUAAGAAGAGCUCUCUGUGGUUGGUUACUUGUCAAACAGCCUGGUACAAGCAGACAAACACAGCCACAACUCUGCAGGAUUUGCCUCGAGGUUUGUUGUCAUUUUUGGUGCCAACAAAACAGACAAGUAUAAUUUAAUAUUCACAUAAUGGUAGACAUUCCCAUCAUGUUUACACUGUUACUCCUCAACAACUACAUCACUGGAAGCAGUAGUUUCAGAUAUGAUGCACUUUAACCUGAUCCUUAACUACAGAUAGUAACAAUGCCGGGUUCACACUACACAACAUUUUUGUCUGUUCCGACAGUCACUAUGUCAGAUUACGCAAUUGUGGAGUCAUAAAAUCGUGGCGUGACUUGGCCGACAGUCG